AUGGUUUCCUCAACGACCAACAACCUCGAGCGCGAGGAUCACGCUCGUGAUGCCCAAUUCAACAAGGCCCUGCACGGUAAUAGUGCAAAGGCCACCGGUGGUCUCGCUGCCAUGUUCAGCAAGGGCCGUGAGGCCAAGCAAGCUGCUGUCGACGAGUACUUCAAGCACUGGGACAACAAGGCCGCUAAGGAUGAGACUCCCGAGGAGCGCGCUGCCAGGACUGCUGAAUAUGCCACCCUCACCAGACACUACUACAACCUCGCAACCGAUUUAUACGAGUACGGCUGGGGCCAGUCCUUCCACUUCUGCCGUUUCUCCCAUGGCGAGCCCUUUUAUCAGGCUAUUGCUCGUCACGAGCACUACCUUGCCCACCAGAUCGGCAUCAAGGAGGAUAUGAAGGUUCUCGACGUUGGAUGCGGCGUCGGUGGACCAGCGCGCGAAAUCGCAAAGUUUACCGGCUGCCACGUCACCGGUCUGAACAACAACGAUUACCAAAUCGACCGAGCUACCCACUACGCCGCCAAGGAGGGCCUCUCAAACCAGCUCAAGUUCGUCAAGGGAGAUUUCAUGCAAAUGUCCUUCCCUGACAACUCCUUCGACGCCGUCUACGCCAUUGAGGCCACUGUUCACGCUCCCACCCUGGAGGGCAUCUACAGCGAGAUUUUCCGCGUUCUGAAGCCCGGCGGUGUUUUCGGUGUCUACGAAUGGUUGAUGACGGACAAGUACGACAAUGACAACCUCGAGCACCGCGAGAUCCGUUUGGGUAUCGAGCAAGGUGAUGGUAUCUCCAACAUGUGCAAGGUCUCGGAGGGCCUAGCUGCUAUGAAAGCGGCAGGUUUCGAGUUGCUUCACCACGAGGAUCUUGCCGAAAGGCCCGACCCCAUGCCUUGGUACUGGCCCCUUUCUGGAGAUGUUCGAUACAUCCAGUCCGUCUUCGACAUCUUCACUAUCGUGCGCAUGACCAAGUGGGGACGUUCUAUCAUGCAUAAUCUUAUUGGUGGCCUCGAGGCUAUCAAGCUGGCUCCUGCAGGAACCAUGAAGACGGCGGACAGCUUGGCACUUGCCGGCGACUGCUUGGUUGCUGGUGGAAAAGACCACCUGUUUACGCCCAUGUAUCUAAUGGUUGGCAAGAAGCCUGCCAACUAG